CGGGAAUAUGCUUAUAAUUACCCAUAAUGCAAAGUUACAUCAGUAAAAAUGACUUUUUCCAUAAUUUAGGAAUAACGGACCAUUUUCUUUAUUAAAUACAGAUAUCUUACUGUUAAUUCACAAAUAUUUUUUACAGUGUAAUUGCUUUAGGUCCCUCUAUUAUUCACAGCGGUCGAUCGCUUUGCACCUAUAAAAAUAAUAAUCACAGAUUAAAUUGGCGUGGUAGUGCGAUGUAUACACUGUAACCAAUUGCUGUAAUUUUUACAGUAAGAUCUUACGGUAAACCACUGUUUUACGAUUUUGCGUUGUAAUACUGUAAAACGCAAUGCAUCCUGGGCAACCUUUUGACUACAACUGUCAACUGUAUAUUUAGCAGUAAAAUAUGAGCAAAAAACAGGUGGUGAGAUUUUCCACCGGAAAGAAGAAUAAUUCCAGUAAUCCACUGCUGUGCUGUGGGACCACGGGACAACUCAAGCAGCCGAAACAAGCAGUCUUUGUAAGUAUAAAAAUACACCUUUGUUUUCGAAAUGCAUGUAAUGUUACACUAGCCUGCCUAAAUUGGCGAAAAUACUAAACAUGUAACUUAAUGUAAGCGUUAGUGCUUUCUAUAAAGCUAGCUAGCAAACUUGGCUUGGCUGUGUACAUUUAGGCAGUCAAAUUGGGACGCGUCUGUGGCAGAAAUCUUCAUACAAAGAUGGUAAUGUAAAAAAACGGAUUAUAGCUCAUGCACUUUAACAUAUUUGUGUAUGUCUCGUGAAAUGACGUUUAUCAGCGAGCUGAAAUCGGUAUCGGUCCAGAACGCUAGCGAGCUAGCUAGUUAGCUAGCGCUACUUGGUGUUGCAGCCACAGAACUGGCUGUGUUAAUUAGCUAGCUAGCUACCGAUCUAAAUCCAGCGUUCAACGUUACAUUAAAAUUUGAGUUUGAUCACUACUAAAUACGAACGGUUGUUGAAAACCAUUGUCAAGCCUGUUGGUUUUAUUUCAUGGUUGGUUUAACUGUGUGCCCUGCAGUUAGCUAAAUGGCUAGCUACUAGCUAGCGGACCUGAGAGCCUAGCUAGCUACUAGCGAUUGUCGACCCAAACCGUUGCUUUUACGUUGUAAGGUUUUCAGAUCAUUCAAACAAAAAAAAUAAUUCCUUUGCGUCUUUCUUUAACUUAGAAAGCCACCGUCGCGGGCAACGUUGUGUUUGAAACUGAGAAAAUAUAGCUAGCUGACUAUUAACUAGGAAUGUUCUAAUUUCAAGCUAGCAUUAGUUUAGUUAGAGUAAUAUCAUUCAUUAGUUUAAAAAAAGUUUAGAACCAGUGCAGUAAAUCAUUAAUUUGACGAUAACUACCUGUUAACUAAGAACACAGACCAUUUUUUUUUGCAGGAUUAUUUUCAGGAGGAAUUUAUGACAUUUCUGAGAUUGUAGUUUUUUUCCUACAGCUUAGGUAGGUUAGUUAACCAGCAUCACUGUGAUGAGCUAUUUUGUUUUGUUGAGGUUUUAAUAUUCAGUUUAGGUUUGAACUUGAAAUCAAUGAUAUGUACAUUUGCAAAUUGUGUAACAGUGAGUGUAAUACUCUUCUAGCCUUCACCCAGCACAUGAAGUUACAUAGAAAUGCACCAAACCAAACAUUUACUUGUGGUAUUGUUCACGUUCAUUUAGAAAAUUUACUGCUUUUAAAUCUCAUUUGUAUAGAGAUCACAAGGAAUAUCAAAGAUCUAGCAGACAUUCCCAGUUUCAGUUAACAGAUUCAAAAUUAAUUUGUCAUACAGAAGGUUGUCAUUUUGAAUGUGGAUAUUUGAAAGAUUUCAUUUCUCACUUGAAGGGCCAUUUACAACAGGGCAGAAAAACUGUUUGUCCUUUCAGAGGAUGUGUAAAAACAUUUACUGUAAAAUCCACAUUUGCUUCUCAUGUAUCUAGAGCACACAAAAACAGCUCAGUUGAACAUCUUCAGGAACAACUACUGGUAAACCCAAGUGAAACUGUUAGGCCUACUCAGAGUCUUGAUACAUCUUUCAGUGAUGAUGAACCCGAGCACUGUGAAUCAGAUGUUUCCCCUGGUAUGUUUAAUGUGGAUGAAGCUCUCUUCUUUAAGAACCUGACACUAUUUUAUUUGAAGCUUCAAGCAAAGUUGUUGUUACCUGCAUCAGUAAUUAAGACAGUUAUUGAAGGAUUUGAAGAAAUCCAUGACCUUGGACAGUCUCAUGUAUUUGCAAAAUUAACUGAGAAAUUGACAUUACUUGGAACCGAUGACACUACCAUAAAAAAUGUAAUCAAGGAACUUGCAAAAGAAGAUCUUCUUAAGACUGGAAAUAGGCUUUUACGAACAGAUCAGUGCAGGAAGACAAUGUUCAAAAACAGCUUCAACUAUGUUGGACCAAUGCCAUUAUAUUUAGGCUUAAAUGAAUCUGGAAAAGAGUGUUUUACCCAAUAUAACCCUUUAAAAGAAACCCUUACUUCCCUAUUUGAGUCUAAAUCUGUCUGGAAACAGUAUAAGAAUGUGCAUUCUCAUGUAACAGACCCUGAUAUUCUGCAAGAUAUUUGGGAUGGAGAGGUUGUAUUGCAGAAUGAACUGUUUCAGACCAAAGGGUCAUCUUUAGCCCUGAUACUCUACCAAGACUCAUUUGAGGUGGUAAACCCAUUGGGUUCAGGGAAAAAGAAGCACAAGGUACUUGCUGUUUAUUCAACUCUAGGUGAUAUCCCACCACAUUACAGAUCAAAUACUGAUCAUAUGCAACUUGUGCUUUUGUGCAAGGAACAAGAUUUUAAACAUUUUGGACAAGAAGCAGUUUUUAGGCAGUUGAUAAUAGAUCUUAAGGAGCUGGAGGAUAGUGGGAUUGUCCUGAAGGAUGGUCGUGUUUUGAGGGGUGGUUUGUGUGCCAUAGCUGGAGAUAAUCUAGGCUCUCACAAUAUUGGAGGCUUUAUGGAAAAUUUUAGUAAGAGUGUAUAUUUUUGCCGAUUUUGUGACAUUGACAGAGAAACGUUUGUCACAUCCAUUGUCAACUGGUACAACAAGAACUGUCCAGUCCUAUCAACAGAAUCUACAGGGUAGAGAAGUGAAUGACAAGGACAGUGCAUUUGGCAUCAAAUUUGAUUCAGUUUUCAACCAGCUUAGAUUUUUUCAUGUGUGUCAGCCUGGUUUACCUCCAUGUCUGGGUCAUGAUCUCUUUGAGGGUGUUGUAUCAUUUGACUUAGCUCUGUAUAUUAAUCAUUUAGUAACUCAGGAAAAGCAUUUUAUGUAUGCAGAGUUAAACCGAUGCAUCAGUCAGUUUAAAUAUCUUGGUGCUGAUGCUAACGACAAACCUCCUGAAAUUAGCCCAGGCAGUGAAAAGUUGUCUGGACAUGCUGUGCAAAAUUGGUGUCUUUUGAGAGUACUACCUCUCUUAACUGGGGACAGAAUUGAAAAUCCAGAAGAUAGUACAGUAUGGCAGUUGGUUUUGCUUCUGCGAUAAAUAGUGGGUUACAUAUGUGCACCUGUUAUUACUCCAGAUCAGGUGGCAUAUUUGAAAGUUCUCAUUGAUGAAUAUAUUGAUUUCAGAGCUCACACCUUUCCAGAGCAUCCCCUAAAGCCAAAACACCACUAUCUGUGUCACUACCCUGCACUCAUCAUUAAGUUUGGGCCUCUUAUACGUUUGUGGACGUUAAGAUUCGAAAGCAAGCAUACUUAUUUUAAACAGUGUGCUCGAAAAUUGCACAAUUUUAAAAACCUAUGUGCAACCCUAGCAGAAAGGCAUCAACUCCUCAAGGCAUACUUGGGUGCUGGCAGUAUAUUUCCUCCUGUGAUUCAGAUUGACAAGGGACCUGAAUUUUAUUCCAGUGACUUCAAUGAUGAGAUUAAAAAGGCAGUUUCUCCAUUUGAUUUUGUGUCCAGCAAUACAAUUGCUGUUAAUGACAUAAUUAUGAAAGGUACAAAGUACAAAAGGGGGAUGUAUGUAGUCAUUGGAAGGGAUAAGGAUGGAUUGCUAGUAGGAGAGGUUGGUUCAUCUGGGUGUCUAUUCACUCGAAGUAGCAGCACAGACCUCUACUUUAAUUUGCAUGAAGCAAGAAGAUCUUCUUGAUUAUUACCCAUUACUAGAGUACAAGGUAUAUGAUUUAUCAAUAAUAGUUCUCCAUCACUCAUUCCCUUCUUUGUAGAAUCAUGUCUUUGACUGCAGAGAAGAUAAGAGAGGCAAUCUUGGCAGUACUACCAAGCUUGCCAAAACAAACCCUUUCAUCCCUACUGGAGAAACUGGCGAGCAUAGGAGUGGAAAGCGAGUCAGAUUUGAAGCUGAUUAAAGAGGAGGAUCUACAGGAACUCCUAAGACCUAUUCAGUGUCGCAAACUACUACAAGCGUGGAGCACUGAGGAGAUAACAUGUGUCAAAGAUCUGCAGUCAGAGACCAGCAGUUCAUCACCUGUAGACGUAUCAAGUAGUCCAUCUUUUUGGAAUACC